UCAUGCUGCUGCCAGGUCCACAGUGUCUCAUGGGUCCCUGUACGGCCUCCCAUUGCUGCUGUCUCCAUCGCCACACUCUGCCAUGUGCCACUUUCAGGUCUCCUCACACUGCUGGUGUGUUCCAUUUUGUCAUAGAGUGCUGGCAGAUUACGGGCCUCCCAUUGCUGCUGCCAGGCCCGUAAUCUGCCAUGGGCCCCUGUACCGCCUCCUCAUGCUGCUGCCAGGUCCACAGUGUCUCAUGGGUCCCUGUACGGCCUCCCAUUGCUGCUGUCUCCAUCGCCACACUCUGCCAUGUGCCACUUUCAGGUCUCCUCACACUGCUGGUGUGUUCCAUUUUUUG